GUUCGAGGGUUACCAUUUCCGGCGAUGGCAACAGCGUUCGAGACCGUCGGAUAUCAAAGCGGAUCCACCAUCGAAGUAGCUAUUGGCGAACCCCAUAAAAUCUCAACUCUAAGAAUCGUGGCGGUUAAGGGCAGUGUUUUCGUUUUCCGCUACUGCAAAGACUCCACCGAAGACGAUAUAUAGCUCUGCAUAAUCUGCAACAAUGGCCGUUCUUCUCGUCAACCACUACAGUCCUUUCGACAUUUCCAUUCUUUCUCUUGUUGAUUGCAACGAUCUGAUCACUCUCUUUCAGAUCCUGUCAUUCUCUUGUCUAUCUUUCUUAAAGACAUUCUCUUGAUUACCACAUACUGUUCUUUUCGACGUCGACUCCACAUACAAAAUGUUCUUCUCCAACGUCUUCAUCGCUAGCAUUCUCGCUGCCACCGCCGCAGCCCUGCCUCACCGUGUCCGUGACUCCAGCUCUAGCUCCAGCGGCAACGUCCAAUUCGUCAACAACAUGGGCACAGAUGUCUACCUCUGGACGACAUCCUCCGAGUCCGGCAGCAUGCAGACUCUCUCCUCUGGCGGUGGAACCCACAGCGAGGGAUGGCAGAUCAACUCCAACGGCGGUGGGGUUUCCAUCAAGCUCUCAACCACCCAGACCGAGGACAGCGUCCUUCAAUUCGAGUACACCGUCGACUCUGACACUCUCUACUGGGACCUGUCCUCUAUCAACCUGGAUUCGUCUUCCGAGUUCAUCAAGAGUGGCUUCUCAGUUAAGCCUAGCGAUUCGAGCUGCAAAACUGCUACUUGUGAGGCCGGCGACACCAACUGUGCCGAGUCUUACCAACACCCUGACGAUGUGAACACGCUCUCCUGCUCGGUUGAUGCGCAGUACGUCGUCACUUUGGGAUAAAUGUCCCGUUCCAUUCUUUCAUGCUCGAAUACCAAAGAAGUCGUUUUUUUCCCAUCAUCAUGGUGCUAGCGGUAGAAGAUAUACAUAGAUUUGCACGAUUAUAGAUUUUCAUGACAAUAAAGUUUUGCCUACGGGCGAAUCUCUCUCAUUUCCAACAUCAU